UAUAAUGCUGUUUCAGUAGAUAGAUAACAGAGUAUUGGUUGCAAUGAUAAAAAGAUGAAUAUAUUACCCGGGAGGUAAACUGUGCGAACGUAUAUUUAAAUUCAAUUUAAAUUUAUUUUAAUAGCGUAGGUAUUAUACAACAUUUAUUUUAUCUAUUAGAAUCGUUUUCAGAUUAACAUUUGUACAUUUCAUAAUUCAUAUAACGAUGGUAGCAUACAAUGCUGUCUCAGUAAUAGAUAAUAGAGUAUAGUAAUAUAAAAAAAAAAUGAUAACAGAGUAUUGGAUUCGAUGAUAAAAAGCCGAUUAAUAGGCUACCCAGUCGGUAAAGCAUUAAGUAACUCGUAGCAAGGACGUGGCCUAGUCCACCACGGCGGUCUUCACGAUGGUCCAACGACCAUCGUCGGUGUUCGAAUUGUUCGUGUUGGGCGUGGUUCGAUUUCUUGCUCAAUUUUGUGCCACUCUGCGGCCGCGAAUCGGGUGACCGUCGAAGGUACCGUCACCCAGUUACGUCAGCGUGCCCGUGGGUCCUGGUUGCGCGGUAUAAAAGCCGAAAACCACCCGAGCAUGGUAUCAUUCGCAUCACAGACAGACAGAUCAAGAGAUCUACCAAUCAAGAGAGCUACAAUGGCCUUCAAGUUCGUCGCCUUCGCCGCCCUCGUAGCAGCAGCCAAUGCUGGAGUGCUGGCUCCAGCACCGCUGGCCUACGCUCCCGCCGCUCCGCUGACUUACACCGCGGCAGCUCCAUUGGCAGUCGCACCUGUGGCGAAGACGCUCGCCGUCGCCCCCGUGGCCAAGGCAGUGGACGCCGACUUCGACCCCCAUCCUCAGUACAGCUAUGCCUACGACGUCCGCGACAGCCUGACCGGUGACGACAAGAGCCAACAGGAAACCCGCGACGGAGACAUCGUCCAAGGCAGCUACUCCCUCCUCGAGUCCGACGGAACCAGGCGCAUCGUCGACUACGUCGCCGACCCAGUCAACGGAUUCAACGCCGUAGUCCGUAAAGAACCAGCCGCCGCUUCCAUCGUCGCUGCUGCUCCAGUAGCUAAAAUCGCUGCUCCAGUUGCCUACGCGGCACCCAUCGCCAAGUACGCCGCUGCUCCGGUCGCCUACGCAGCACCCAUUGCAAAGUACGCCGCUGCUCCGGUCGCCUAUGCUGCACCAGUCGCCAAAAUCGCCGCUUCGCCCUUCGCCUAUGCUGCCCCAGCCCAAGCUUACCUCCACUGAACCGAUCUGUCAUCCAUAGGAAUAAUGCUCCACGAAUAAAGUCAUUUUUUAGCAA